AUGGCCGCGGAUUUCUGCUUCCCAGGCCGCGCGCUGCCGCCAUUCCAAAUAACACUCACGUGUUUUCUCGGAGAAGAAGAACGACUGUCUGCGCCCCUCGCAUCGUGCGGUGCCGAGUCGCGCGCGGGUCCUUGGGCGGGGGUCCGGCGCUGGCUGAAAAUCGCUUGCGGCCUCGCCCGUGGCCAUAAUGUGGGCGCCCGAAACCCAGUCCCCGACACGGCCCGCUGUGCUUACCGCCCGCCUGCCCGGCCGGCCCAGCCUCUGAGCCUCCUUUCUCUCCGCAGGGCACUGCUGGUGGAGUCUGCGCACGACGCCGCCGCCGGGACCACGGGGGGCGGGAAGGGCGGCUCCCCCCCCCCUCAAAUAAAGCCGAUUGCUUCCCUGUGCCCUGGGGUCAGUGAAGCUGCUGUCCCCACAGAGAUCAUGGUCCUCAUGAAAAGCAGUCUCUCCAGGUACCUGGAGGUGGGGAAACAGAUCCUGGGUCCUACCCUGACAAUGACCUGGCUUUUACAGAGUGGAGGGUAUGAUCUCAACCUCUUUGCCAGCCCUCCCAACUGCAACUUGUUGUGCUCCGUCUGCCAUGGGGUGCUCAAGAGACCCAUGCGGUUGCCAUGCGGCCACGUUUUCUGCAAGAAGUGCAUUCUCCAAUGGCUGACCAGACAGAAGACCUGUCCCUAUUGUAGGAAAGAGGUGAAACGGAAAAGGAUGGCCCCUGUGAAUAAGCUCCAGAAAACCAUUGGACUCCUGGAAGUCAGGUGCAAGAACUCAGAGGCUGGCUGUUUGGUGAUUUGCCCCCUGGCCCAUCGGAAGGUGCAUCAGGACGCAUGCCCAUUUGAACUGAUAACCUGCCCCAACGAGGGCUGCUCAGUGCGGGUGCCACGCGGCUCCCUGGCAGAUCAUGGGCAGAUUUGUCAGCACAGUGACCAACAGCGCUGUCCCCUGGGCUGCGGGGCUACCCUGGGCCUAGAAGAGCGGGCCAAUCACAACUGCUACCGGGAACUGCGUGAGGCCUGGAAACGUCGCCAGACGGAACGCAGCCAGGCCCUGCUGUCUCACCUGCUACGGCGAGUGCGCCGGGUGCAGCGCUCCACCACCUCCAUCCGCAGGCAGCUGGCCAAGCUCGCUGACUUCCUGGAAGAUGACAACUCCCUGCUCUUGGGUGCCCCUGACAGGGAGGAGGCAUCUGAGGCCGGCCCAGAAAGCAGCAGUGGAGCUGGGCUAAACGCCUUCCCGCAGAACCCUUUACGAUGGUGCAGCUACCGCCCACAUCAAAGAUGGCGCGGCACGCACAGUGCCAAUGACGCGGUCGCGGGUGAUGACGCCAUCGCCGAGCGCCGGGAGCACGGAGUAAGGCUCAGGUUCUUCACGCGGCUGCUGAGGCGGCGUCUCUAG